AUGGGUUCAUACACAGAUGUAGCAUUGAUUCAUGAGGAGGUUGCAGUUGCACCGACUUUUGGAUCGUCUCUGCCGGUAGCAAAUGUUCAAGAAAUAGUAAAGAGUGACCCUUUGCAUGUCGCUGAAAGAUACCUUAUUAAAAAUCAAGAGGACAUGCCAAAGGGUGCAGAUCAUACAUGUAAGCUUUCUUCUGAAAUUCCUACAAUUGAUUUCUCUCUGCUCUCAAGAGGACAUAAGGAGGAGCUAACCAAACUUGAUCUGGCUUGCAAAGAAUGGGGCUUUUUCCAGAUGGUAAAUCAUGGAGUGGCAACAGAAGUGUUGCAGGGCAUGAAGGAUGCUGCAGCAAAGUUCUUUGAACUUCCUGUAGAAGAGAAGAAUAAAGUUGCUAUGACAUCAGACGACAUACAAGGCUACGGGCAUGCGUAUGUGGUUUCAGAAGAGCAGAUACUGGACUGGUCUGAUUUACUUUUUCUUAUCGUUUACCCGUCUCAGUACAGAAAGCUUAAGUUUUGGCCAACCACACCAGAGGAAUACAAGGAGGCUAUUGAGGCAUAUUCUAUUGAAGUUAAAAGAGUUGGAGAGGAGCUCAUAAGGUAUAUAUCUCUAAUUAUGGGGAUGGAAAAGGAUGCUCUUCUUGCACUACAUCAAGAGUUGGUCCAAGGUGUGCUUGUGAACUACUAUCCACCAUGUUGCAUGCCUGAUAAAGUACUAGGCAAAAGUCCACACUCUGACACAAGCACCAUAACCAUACUCAUGCAAGAAGACAAUGUAACCGGAUUACAGAUUCGAAAAGAAGGAGAAUGGGUGCCGGUGAAGCCAAUUCCAAACGCUCUCGUUGUGAAUGUGGGAGAUGUUGUUGAGAUAUGGAGCAAUGGAAAGUACAAAAGCAUUGAGCACAGAGCUGUGACAACUGAAAGCAGGGCGAGGCUAUCUUAUGCAACAUUUCUUUUCCCACAUGAUGAUGUUGAAGUGGCACCAUUUGAUCAUAUGGUGGAGUCUCCAGGAUCCCUUCGAAUGUACAAGAAAGUUAGAUAUGGAGAUUAUCUGAGGCAAUCCUUGAAGAGGAAAAUGGAGGGGAAGGCACACACUGACGCGGCGAAGACUGCAAGUUAAGAAAGAUGGUGUUUCUAUUUUAGAAAACCAGAGAAAAUAAAAAGACUAAAAUCAAGUCUCUAAUGAUCAAAUCAGUUUAUGUGGCUUUUGUAAUACAAAAAUAGUAUAUAGCAUCAAGGAUGCAGUUUUUGGUUUCUUGUCUAUGUAGGAAAGAAACCCUAUAAAAUUUUAAUAGCAAGCUUUCUAAUCAAGUAGCCAAAGCCA